CAAACUCUUUUCUUGCCCCGUCACACCGCUACCCCUUCCAUUCGCUCUCCUCACCCACCGCCCCGAGAUCUUCCCCUUCUCGCUCCUCGCCCCCUUUCUCUCUCCAUUUCUUUGAUCCGGCAAUGGCCGCCACCGCUCCAGCCACCGCCGGCGAGCUCCUCCGCAUCGACCCCCUGGAGCUCCGCUUCCCCUUUGAGCUGAAGAAGCAGAUCUCGUGCUCCAUGCAGCUGUCGAAUCUCAGCGACGACUACAUCGCAUUCAAGGUGAAAACUACAAGCCCAAAGAAGUAUUCGGUGCGGCCCAACACAGGGGUUGUCUUGCCACGGUCUACUUGUGAUGUUGUUGUGACAAUGCAAGCACAGAGGGAGGCCCCGGCUGACAUGCAGUGCAAAGAUAAGUUCCUAGUCCAGAGCGUCGUUGCACCCCCUGGUAUAACUGUGAAGGAUGUCACAGGAGAUAUGUUUACAAAAGAGUCUGGGAGUAAGAUGGAAGAGGUCAAGUUGCGAGUGACCUAUGUUGCUCCUCCACAGCCACCUUCUCCGGUGCCGGAGGAAUCAGAAGAAGGUUCGCCAUCUAGGGUUUCUGAAUCAGAAAACGGAGAUGGUUCUGCUGGCGGAUUCACCAGAGCACUGAGAGAACGCAUUGAGCCACAAGAAAAAUCUUUCGAGGCUGGAGCUUUGAUUUCCAAGUUGACCGAAGAAAAGAACUCUGCAAUUCAACAGAAUCAUAGACUUAGACAGGAACUUGAUUUGGUGAGACGGGAAAUCAGCAAGAGGCGCGGAAGAGGGUUCUCCUUCAUAGUUGUUAUAAUUGUUGCUUUCAUCGGCAUCUUCCUGGGCUAUUUGAUGAAGUCAUAAUUCUUUCAGUCUGUUUCCUUUGGCCAUAUCAAAGGCAACUGGACUUCAUUCUUGCAAGUUAUGUUUGGGGAUUCAGAAAAGACCAUCCAUAUCAGAUGUCGUGAAGUUCUCAUUUCUGUUUUGUCAAUAUAGGAGUUUGUGAGAAAUGAUGAGCCAGUUUAAGCUUUUUUCUUUUGUUAAUUUCGUUGGGUGAGUCGUGCGCUUUGCUGAUGCUGUAACUUCAAAAACGCACUAGUUCUUUUUGUUCAGUGUCUUGUCGGUGCGAAAUUGUCUUGUAAUGUUACAUAUGUGCUGAGCAUGGUGCAGAAAUCUGGUUUGUGACAAAGUGAUCUACGGUUCCUA